AAGCUGGAGUCUAUGCUUUCUGGGUGGCACAUCCUUAAUUGCUCAAUGCCUACUUACUACGUGCUAAGUAUACAAAGGGGCAAAAGAUGGUCCCUGCCCUCAGGAGCUUACGAUCUAUUGGGGAAAGAGACACUUUGCAAACAAAAUAUAUGCAAAGCAAACUACACAAGGUAAAUAUGAAAUGAUUAACAGAGGGGAGGAGCUGGAAUUAAGAGAGAAGGCUUCCAGUAGGAAGUAAAAUUUUAGUUGAUAUUUAAGAAAGGGAAGGGGAACAGUCGGAGAAAAUGCCCAGAGACAUGAGACGGAGAUUCUUGUUUAUGGAACAGACAGGAGGCCAGUGUCAAAUGAAAGAGGGGUAAGUCGUGGUAAGUAAUCUAUAAAGAGACAUUGAUUUUCCCUUCGCAUAAACUCUUAGAGCGAAUGCAAAACCUAACCCCAGUAAAGUCCCUUAGCCCCGCCUACCGUCUGCUCAGUAUUCACAGAGCUAAGUGGGAGGGACCAAGGUCUACGUCAGCGUCCCCGGAGUGGCGGGGUAGUGCUCCAGGGCACGUGGGCAUCACAAGGAAAGGGCGGGGCUCCAGGACUCCGGAGCGGGGCGUGACGUCACCGGAGGUUGAUACGUUGCCAGGAGACCGUGGCGCCCGGAGUUAGCCUCGGAGUUGAGCGCGGCCCCACUGGGGUGGUGGUUGGGCCGCUUUAGCCCCGGACUCAGACCGCUCAACUCACCCCCGCCCCCCUCCACGCUCCCCUGCUCUAUCCCUCCCUCCACGCUCCCCCACCCCACCCCCGCAGAGAUGGCUGUAGCCGCGGCCGUUGUGCCGCCGGUAAGCGUGGAGGACACUGUGCUUCGGGGCCGUGGCGGGGACGCGAGUGGGGAAGGCCUGUACGUGGAACGGGGCCCCGGCGCGGCCUACCACAUGUUCGUGGUGAUGGAAGACCUGGUGGAGAAGCUAAAGCUCCUGCGCUACGAAGAGGAGAUCCUGCGCAGAAACAAUUUGAAACCGCUGUCCAGACAUUAUUUUGCUUUGCCUACCAAUCCAGGUGAACAGUUUUACAUGUUUUGCACUCUUGCUGCUUGGCUAAUUAAUAAAGCAGGAUGCCCCUUUGAACAACCACAGGAAUAUGAUGACCCCAAUGCAACAAUAUCUAAUAUAUUAUCUGAGCUUCGAUCAUUUGGAAGGUCUGCAGAUUUUCCUCCAUCAAAGUUAAAGUCAGGUCAUGGAGAGCAUGUAUGCUAUGUUCUUGAUUGUUUAGCUGAAGAAGCCCUAAAAUAUGUUGGUUUCAGCUGGAAAAGGCCAGUAUACCCAGUAGAAGAAUUAGAAGAGGAAACAGUUCCAGAAGAUGAUGCAGAAUUAACAGUAAACAAAGUUGAGGAAGAAAUUGUGGAAGAGGAGACUGACAAUGAAGAAAACUUUAUUGAUCUCAAUGUUUUAAAGGCACAGACCUACCGAUUGGAUAUGAACGAGUCUGCCAAACAAGAAGAUAUUUUGGAAUCUACAACAGAUGCUGCAGAAUGGAAUCUAGAAGUGGAACGUGUACUACCACAACUGAAAGUCACGAUUCGAACUGAUAAUAAGGACUGGAGGAUCCACGUUGACCAAAUGCACCAACACAAAAGUGAAAUUGAGUCUGCUUUAAAAGAGACAAAGGGAUUUUUGGACAAACUUCAUAACGAGAUCAGUAGAACCCUGGAAAAGAUCAGCAGCCGAGAAAAAUACAUCAACAAUCAGCUUGAGCAUUUGGUUCAAGAGUAUCGUGCUGCCCAAGCCCAGCUGAGUGAGGCAAGAGAAAGAUACCAGCAGGGAAAUGGCGGAGUAACUGAAAGAACUAGAAUCCUUUCAGAGAUUACAGAAGAAUUAGAAAAGGUAAAACAGGAAAUGGAAGAAAAGGGCAGCAGCAUGACUGAUGGUGCUCCUUUGGUAAAGAUUAAACAGAGCUUAACCAAACUGAAGCAAGAAACAGUCCAAAUGGACAUUAGAAUUGGAGUAGUGGAACACACAUUACUCCAGUCAAAACUAAAGGAGAAGUCAAAUAUGACUAGGGAUAUGCAUGCAACAAUCAUUCCAGAAUCUGCAAUAGGUUCUUAUUAAAAUUUAUUGUAAUUUGUUCUCUGCUCAGUUUUUUCUUAAACCAAUUAUAUUUCACAUUGCUUAAUUUAAAAAAACAAUUAUUAUACCUCAUUGAACAUUGUCUAAGAUGCCUUAUUCUUGUAUAUAUUCACAUAUAUUGUGUGAUGGUGAAUUUGGUGAUUUAAAGACUUUGAGAUGAAAUAUAAUUUUAAUAAAAUAAUUAGAAAUUUUUGUUA